AUGAAUGCUUUGAACGUCUCGAAAGCCCUUUCUGAUCACUACCCGGAUGUUGUUAUCCGUCAACUCGGUCUCGAGAACUGCCAGGACACGAUUGUCGGGGAUGUGAUGCAUCGCGGUGUGUCGGGUGGAGAGCGCAAGCGAGUCACGACUGGAGAAAUGGAGUUCGGAACAAAGACUGUGGUCUUGAUGGACGAGAUCAGUACCGGUUUGGACAGUGCUGCCACGUUCGACAUCAUCAACACGCAGCGUAGUGUUGCUACCAAGUUGAACAAGACAGUCGUGAUCGCGCUGCUCCAGCCUGCUCCCGAGGUCUUUGAUCUCUUUGACGACGUGCUGAUCCUGAACGAAGGUGAAGUGAUGUAUCAUGGGCCUCGUGAGGAAGCCGACAGCUAUUUCGCGUCGAUGGGGUUUGUUCGACCUCCUGGACGUGAUGUGGCCGAUUUCCUACUGGAUUUGGGUACCAAACAGCAGCGUCAAUACGAACGCGCCUUACCUGUUGGUAUGAACGCUUUUCCACGUGAAGCAAGAGAGUUCGCAACUAUUUUCCGACAGUCGAGGAUUUUCCAUGACAUGCUUCGUAGGCUGGAAGAGCCUCUGGAUCGUGAGUUGUUGGGCCGCAAGGGAGAAGAUAUGGACUCAGUACCAGAAUUCCAGCAAACGUUUUGGAACAGCACGAUGACGCUAAUGCAUAGACAGGCAAUGCUGACGAUCCGGGAAAAAGAAUUUCUGAUCUCUCGUGCUGUCAUGAUCACGUUGAUGGGUUUACUCAAUGCAUCCACGUUCUGGGAUGUCGACCCGACCAACGCUCAAGUGAUGUUGGGGGUUUUAUUCCAGUGCAUCCUCUUCUUGGCGGUCGGGCAGACUUCUUUAAUCCCGAUGUUCAUGGCUGCGCGAGAUGUCUUCUACAAGCAACGUGGGGCAAACUUCUACAAGACAUCAGCUUACGUGUUGUCGUGCUCCGUCGCCCAACUUCCAUUGGCUAUUGGUGAAAGUUUGGUGUUCGGUACGCUGAUCUACUGGCUCUGUGGCUUCGUGAGCUCAGCUGAAAACUUCAUCAUUUUCAUGAUUUUGUUGAUGAUGACGAAUUUGGCGUUUGCUGCGUGGUUCUUCUUCAUCACGGCAAUCUCGCCCGAUAUUCACAUCUCCAAGCCAAUUGCGAUGAUGUCUAUCGUCUACUUCAUCCUGUUCGCUGGAUUUGUCGUCACGAAAGACCAAGUGCCUGAUUAUUUCAUUUGGUUGUAUUGGCUGGAUCCGAUUUCGUGGUGUCUGAGAGCUCUCGCGGUUAACCAGUAUCGUUCAUCGGCAUUCGACGUUUGUGUGUACGACGGAAUUGACUAUUGUUUGCAGUUUGAUAUGAACGCAGGCGAGUACUACAUGUCGCUCUUUGACAUUCCCUCGGACAAGUUUUGGAUUGUGUGCGGUGCUGGCUUCAUGGUGGGUGCAUACGUUGUAUUUAUGAUGCUUAGUGUACUUGUGCUUGAGUACAAGCGAUACGAAGGCCCCGAAAACGUUACGUUGACGAAGAAGACUAUCGAGGACGCGGACAACUACGUGACGUUAGAAACGCCUAAGACUGAAGUAAACCAGAUGAUCUUUCCGAACACGUCAACUGUGCUCGAUGUCAGCGAAAAAGAGAAGAAUUUCGUCCCGGUAACGCUUGCUUUCCAGGAUUUACGGUAUUCAGUGAAAUCGCCGUCCAACCCCAAUGAGUCGCUGGACUUGCUGAAAGGCAUCAACGGAAGGGACCAUCAACGGCAAGAUCCUGCUUAA